AUGUCUAAUCCACAAUCAUAUACCAUCUGGUCCCCGCAGGACACUGUGAAGGAUGUUGCAGAGUCCUUAGGACUGGACAACAUCAACGAGGAUGUACUGAAAGCGCUGGCUAUGGAUGUUGAGUAUCGUAUUCUUGAAAUCAUUGAGCAGGCUGUGAAAUUUAAAAGGCACUCGAAGACUGAAAUCCUCACAACUGACGAUAUCGCUAAGGCUUUGAGAGUACUGAAUGUUGAACCACUGUACGGGUACCACGACUCAGUCACAGCGAAGAAUGGCACGCAUAAUACAGCGCAUGGUACGGCCCAAUCAUUUCAGGAGGGGCAACCCUCCUUCAGGAAAGUUAAUACUUCUGGAGGUCAACAAGUUUACUAUUUGGAUGAGGAAGAAGUAGAUUUCGAUAAACUGGUCAAUAAACCAUUGCCACCACUUCCCAGGCUGCCCACAUUCACAACUCAUUGGUUGGCUAUUGAAGGUGUGCAACCUGCCAUCUUGCAAAACCCAAAUCUAAACGAUAUAAGGACAUCGCUACCACCCACAACGAGAGGCGCUAUUGUCACGGCACUAAACGAAAGUAAUAGUCUGCAGACACAACCAAACGCCUCUGCAACCACUAAUGGUAAUGGUGCAGCCGGUACACUGCAGCAACAACAAAGAGAACAGCACCAGCUGUUAGCAUCUUCUGUUAAACCUGGUCAGAACAUAGAAGUCAAACCUUUGGUGAAACACGUUUUGUCGAAGGAGCUACAGAUAUACUUCAACAAGAUCAUAUCAGCAUUGACGGUUAAGGAUGAAGCAACGGAUGAUGGGGACGCACAACACAUGAAGCUAGCCGCGUUGACUUCCUUAAAGACUGACAACGGUCUACAUCAGUUAGUGCCAUAUUUCAUCCAGUUCAUCGCGGAACAGAUCACCCAUAACUUGUCUAAUCUAGAACUGUUAACUACUAUCCUGGAGAUGAUUUACUCCCUGUUGAGUAAUCCUUCCAUCUUUUUAGAACCUUACAUUCAUUCGUUGAUGCCUUCCAUAUUGACUUUACUCUUGGCCAAAAACCUCGGUGGGAGUUCCAAUGGGAAAGGUUCUCCACCAGCCACUGCAGGUAGUACCACAGCACCCCCUAGCAUAGAAGAAUACAAUGAACAAUUGGAUAAAGCAAAUGCUUUACGCGAUUUUGCAGCUUCGCUAUUGGACUAUGUGCUAAAGAAAUUUCCUCAGGUUUACAAAUCUUUAAAGCCUCGUGUGACAAGGACUUUAUUGAAAACAUUCUUGGACACGAAUCGUGUUUUUGGGACAUACUACGGGUCGUUGAAAGGUGUCACCGUGUUGGAGUCUGAAUCUAUCAGGUUUUUCUUGGGGAAUUUAUACAAUUGGUCCGUGUUGGUCUUCAACGAACAUGAUCUGACCCUCGGGGAUUUCGAGGGAAACGAAGCGAUAAUAAAUAAAACCAAGAAGUUCACGGAUUAUGAGGUGCAGACUUUAACUAAAACCGUAAUCGAUACUCUUUCCGUUCUGAAGAAGGAUUUGCCAGAUAUCUAUGAAGGUAAAGGUGGAAAAGUCACCGAUGAGGAAAAGGAUAAACUGGUGAAACGUUGUGGGGUGACCAUUGCUGCUGGGAUACUGAAAAGGGAUGAUGCCAAAGAAUAUAUCAGCGCAAUUUUCUUUGGUGAGUAA